GAGCGAUGACGUACUUCCGUUGGCGCGCUUGUGGUAGAAUUCAAAGCCUCGGAGCGGACCGUUGUGUCAGCGCGCUGAGAAACCGUUUUAGCCGAAUUUACAACAUUGAUAUGCGCUGAAGUUACCGCGCUCUUUAACAACAGAGAUGUCGUGGGACUUCGUCGUGCCUGUUGCUUUGGAUGAUUUACAGAAAUCCGGAGCGAUCAAUCAGUAUGUGGUACAGAGUGUGCUGUCUCCCAAACAACUGCCCUCUCAUAUCAACAUCCUUAAAGUUUCUUUGCGAAGUCAGGGCCCGCAAUGCAUCUUGGAACAUUUUGACACGGGCUACAGCGUCCUGCAGAAUUUUCGUACAGUGGAUGUGACUUUAAAGGAGGACACUUUGGAGAUUCUUAUUCAAGUGGUCCAGGGAUUGUCUGUUUCUUUGCCACCCCUUCUCCUAUCUGGGUCCUUGUCAGCAGCAGAGCGCAAAGAACAGCUCAAUGCUGUCAAGAUGAGUGUCUUUCUGCUCUGCAAACUCACUGAAUAUCUGGAGAGUGACUCCUACAGGGAGAGCGUUAUUACUGCACCCAGCAAGGGACGUAAAAAGGACAAGGCUUGUGGUAAGGGCUUGCUGCAUUGGGACCGUGAUCGUGAGACGGUGUUGCAGUGUUUGACCCAGUUGCUCCAGUUGGAUAUUCGUUCUCUUUGGAGCCUAUCCCUGGUUGAAGAAGAAUUUGUUAGCUGUGUCACAUGCUGUUGCUAUAAGUUGUUGGAGAAUCCCACAAUCAGUCACAUGAAGAGUAAACCCACACGUGAUGCGAUCAUCCAUGUGCUGGGACUGAUGGUGAAGAAAUACAACCAUAUGCUCGGAGCGUGUGUAAAGGUGAUUCAGCUGCUACAGCAUUUUGAGCAGCUCUCUUCAGUGUGUGCACAGGCAGUGGCUGCCUGGAGUUCGGAGUAUGGAAUUAAAGCAAUUGUUGGAGAGAUCAUGAGAGAGAUUGGGCAGAAGUCCAGUGAUGAGUUGGCUAGAGAGGGAUCUGGUGUAAAGGCCUUCUCUAGCUUUUUAUCUGAACUCAGUACCCUGGUUCCUGAAACCAUGAUCCCUAAUAUCAGCGUUCUUCUGACACACCUGGAUGGAGAGAGUUCCAGUUUGCGUGUGGCCAUGUGUGAGGUGUUGGGAGAAGUGCUGGUACACGUGUUAACUGGUGAUAAAUUGGAUGAUUCCGGACGAGCAGACAGAGACCGCUUCUUCGAUACCCUCCAGGAACACGUUCAUGAUACACAUUCACAUGUCAGAGCUCGAGUGCUUCAAGUGUACACUCGUAUUGUCAACAGCAAAGCUUUGCCAUUAUGUAGAUACACUGAAGUGAUGGAAUUGGCUGUUGGUCGUCUUGGUGAUAAGUCAGUUAAUGUGUGUAAGAGUGCUAUCCAACUUGUGGCUGCUUUCAUCGCUCAUAAUCCCUACAGCUGCAAGCUUAGCAGUGUGGACUUAAAGAAACCUCUGGAAAAAGAAACUGCUAAGCUCAAAGAAAUAAGGGACAACAUAAGGGAGAAUGCACCAGUCCCCAUAAUUUCAGCAUCUGAUUUGUGGGCUGCAAUGGAGCCGGAGGUCUCGCAUACAGUCAUAACUCAUCUUGCAGCUAGCAGUGACUCGGAGAGGGAGGAAGAGAAUGAAGAUGAACUUGGCGGCACUGACCGAGACACAGCUGUCCAGAUUGCUCAAUAUCUUAGACACAACAAAUACAGGCAAGCUGUGCGGCUGUGUAUGCAGGCCUAUUCUCUUUACCCCGAGUCUUCAUUCUUCUCUGCUCUGUCCAGUAUGAAUGAAAAGACGCUCAUCAGUACAUUGGCAUCACUUUUUAAAGGCCCUGAGGAGGAACCGGCUGCAGAUAUUGGAGUGAAGGAUCAGCCCCCCACACCACAGAAAGAAGGAGAGGGUGAUGAGAAGGAGAGUGAGCUGAAGAAGCAGGAGAUGUUGGUUCAGUACCUGAAAGAUACAGAGAGCUUUGCCUUACAAGUUGAGCGAGCCAUUGCCAUCAUUAACAAGAUGCUGUACUGGAAAACCACUACAGUGGUUCAAGAGGCGGUACAGUUCUGUGUUACCGCAUGCGAGUUCAGUGUGGCAGACUCAUUGUGUGGGGUGAGGAAAAUGCUGCCACUGGUCUGGUCCUCUGAUGCUGCAGUCAAAGAUGCUGUUGUGCAGGCGUACAGGCGCCUCUACCUUAACCCUCAGGGAGACAGCACCAGAACUAAGGCUCUUACUCUUGUGGACAGUUUGUCUGAAUUAAUGGUUGAUGCCUCUCUGGGAACCAUUCAGUGUUUGGAAGAGAUAGUGCAGGAAUUUUUCAGCACUGACAGUGCGCUCCAGGCUUCUGUGGUGCAGGUUCUAUGGGAAAAAUUUUCAGGAAAGAGGGAGUCCUCGGCACCACACAGGAGAGCUGCAGUACUGCUGCUCGGCAUGGCCGCACGAGCUGAGCGGGAAGUUGUUCUUGGCAACCUGGACACACUCUGUUCUGUUGCGUUGGGAGAGAAGGUGACUGAGGAUUACUUGCUGGCCAGAGACACUGUGAUCACUAUCACCAAUAUUACUGACCACAUAAGGCAAUCGAAAGGACCUGCAUUUAGGCUACCAAUGGACCACCAUCUCUUCAGCUGUCUGACCCAGGCUGUUGCUGAUGGUGUGAUAUUGUCUGACCCUCACUGGCAGACUUUUAUGGAGCAGGCUGUACGCCUCAUCUACUUUCUUGCUGAGUCACCUGAUCAGCUAUGUGCUCGCCUCCUACAACGCUCUGCUCAUCUUCUGCUGGAACAGAUAACUGAGUGUGGAGAACAUUCACAAAUGUCUGAAGGCUCCCAGGACCCCCAGGAACAGAAAGUAAACUGUUUGAGUCUGGCGCAGCUGUUCUCUCUGUGUGGCUUCGUGGCCUUUUGGCAGGUAUCUCAUCUGGAGAGAAGUGUGAGUGCUGCGCUGCGGCGGCGGAGAGGAGAGAAGGAAGAGAAAGAAGAGAGGGAGAAAAAGCCUAAGAACAAAAACAAGGAAGCCAAUGACAGCUGUGUGGAGGAAGAGCUUGGUUUGACUGGUGCCUCAGCAGAGGACACUGAGGCAGAGUUCAUACGUAAAAUCUGUGAAACAGAACUUUUAGCCGAAGGGAACAUGCUCAGUGUAUUUCUGCCCUUGUUGGUGAAGGUGUGCAGCUCACCUGGCCGAUAUUCUCAUACCCAACUCACCACUGCUGCCUGUCUCGCUCUAUCCCAGUUUAUGAUGAUCAGUCCAGCAGUGUGUAAGGAUAAUAUCCGUUUACUCUUCACUGUGUUGGAGAAAUCUCCUCUCCCAGUUGUCAGAUCAAAUGCCAUCAUUGCCCUUGGAGACCUGACUGUUCGCUUUCCCAACAUUCUGGAACCCUGGACCCCCAACUUGUAUGCCAGGCUGUGUGAUGAAAAUGUGUCGGUGCGCCUGACGGCCAUCACAGUUCUGACCCAGCUGGUGCUAAAGGAUGUGAUGAAGGUCAAAGGUCAGGUCAGUGAGGUUGCUGCACUUUUACUGGACCCUGAGCCACAUAUUGCCAACCUUGCAGUCAACUUCUUCAAUGAACUCUCUGCAAAGGAUAAUGCUAUCUAUAAUCUACUGCCUGACAUUAUCAGCAGACUGUCAGAUCCAGAGAGAGGGAUGCAAGAGGAGGACUUCAGCACAAUUAUGAAGCAACUCUUUUCUUACAUAACUAAAGAGCGACAGACAGAAAGUUUGGUGGAGAAGCUCUGUCAGCGUUUCAGAACUGCGAAGACCGAGCGACAGUGGGCAGAUCUGGCUACAUCGUUGUCACUGCUCUCGAUGUGUGAGCGAGGCUUUAAGAAGUUGCAGGAGUGCUGGGAGUGUUACAGUGAUAAACUUACAGAGGAUGCAGUUUACCAACCUUUGCUCUCCAUCUUGGCCAAACUUCGGCGCAGAGCCAAGCCUCAGUUUAAGGCUCAAGUGGAGGAGUUUGAGAAAAAGUUAACAGCGGUCCAUACAAAAGGUCUGGAAAACGUACAAAAUGAGGAAAGAGAGCAGCAAAUAGAGGAGCAGAAAAACACUCCUGUGCCUAAAAGUGCUCGCAGACCGACACGAGGUCGCGGGAAGUCCAAAAUGGAUGACAGUGACUUGGUAACCCCCAAAACCUCCCGUGCUCGCCCCAAAAAAAUUAUCACCUUUAGCAGUGAUGAGGAAGAGGAGGAAGAAGAUGCUGUCAUGGAAGAGAGUGAGACUCCAAAAGUCACCACACCCAUCUCACGUACCCGACGCACUCGUCUACGCCACUAGUCCUCUUCUUUCUCUACUUUUUAACCCUCUUUUUAUCUUUUAAUAUUUCUUUAUUCUGUCCAUUCUGAAUGCACUAUUUUCAUGCUUUCUUUUUCAGUUUCACUUUUUUUCUUUUUUUUUUUUCUUUUUUAUUAAAUCCAUGCUUUUAUAAAAUGUUAAUAUACAAGACAAAUCUGCAAUUUUGUAACAUAUUUUUGCUAGACUGCAUCAUUAUUACUAUAAUUUGGAAUAAUGACCUUUUAAAAAAAAAAAAAAACAGCUUAAAAGGAAA